AUGGCGUCAUUCCCAUCAAUUAACUUAAUAGAUUUAAUAAUCGACGAAGUGGCAUUAGAAGGUUUAGAUGGUAUUACUAUAGAAGCAUUAUGGUUACGAUUAGCACAUCGACUCCACUAUCCUUUACCACUUUCAAAAGCAUUCAUGGUUCAGAUAUGGUCAAUGUGUGUGCAGAUUAAAGUGUUUAGAUUUUAUGAAUUGGAAACACCAAGAGAUCCACUUGUAAUUUUUGAUCGCUAUCAAUUUGUAGAUCCUGAUUUGGGUAUUAUAUUAGAACCAGAAAAUGUACCACCAGAUAUUUAUCCACAUUGCCCUAUAAAUGAUGUCACAAAUAAUAUUAAAGGAUCUUGUUCAACUUACAAUACCCGUAAAGAUGUUACAGAAAUUCUAAGAAAUCUUAGUUUAGAUGAAGUUACAGAAAAAUAUGGACAAAAAUUAGUUAUUGUUGCAUCACAAGCUACUAGAAAUCAUGCAUUGAUGGGAAAUGAAAUAUCUCCGACACUUGUAUUAAAUGUAAUACAGUAUUGUUUUUUGGAAAGAGUAGGAAGAUCACGAUAUCAUGGUGAAGUUACUCAGGGAAAACUUAGUCUUAAUGCAUUAAAUGAAGAUCCUAAAAGUUUAUUUUACCAUCGGAAGUUUAUGCUGUGUCAUAAGUUAAUAACAAAACAAUUAUAUCAUCAAAAAAUUGGUGGUCACGGUUGUAACGGAAGUCUCUUACAUCUACCAAGGUUCUUUGUUGAAAGAAAACCAAAAAUAAUUUUCUUGGCUGAAGAAGUAAUCAAAAUUCUUAAGUCAAAACCUAAUUGUGUUGCAGAAUAUGAUGAAAUUAAACGCAAGCUACAAAUUGAAAAUGCAAUAAGGAAAUUGUUUAAAACUUCAUUUUUCCAGAAGGUUGUAAAAACAGAUCUUAGAGUACCAUAUAGAACUUUAUACCCUAAUGCAACACCAACAGAGUGGCAGCAGAAAAAUAAUCCAAUGAAAGAAAAGAAAAUUAAAGUAGUACAAUUAUUAUCUCCAAACAUUGAUAUCCUUGAAGCAUGGAAUAAAGAUGAAAUGCAAGAAGAAGAAGAACCUCAAGAACUAAAUAUUUCCAAUCAUAAAUAUUGUGUACCUUACUUGAAACAAGCAAAUACAAUAAUUGAAGCUAAUGGAAGUGAUGGUAUAUGUCAAGGUAAACUGGCUAAAAUAAUGGGCUUGACAAAAUUACAAUCACGAACGAUUUUACGAAAUAUGGUUAAAACAAAUAUUGUUGCAACUUAUAUGAAUGAUAUUGGCAGACAAAGACUUACAAAAUAUGUAUCAAAAAGGUAUGAGAAAAGUAGUAAGCUAAGUAAACAGUUUAAGGAAGAAAUGCAUAAAAUCAAAGAACUUACAAAACAAAUUGCUACUGUAAGUGAUGAUUUGGAAAAAAGUAAAAUAACUGUGAAGCAGGAGAAGAAUACCAUUACUAAUGAUACAAAAGAAAAUGUAGAAAAUGUGAUUAUAUCUAGUAUAAUUAAUAAUGAUAACAAAAUUAAUAGUAUUGUCAAAAUAGAAGAAGAAUUGAACAGUGCUACACCUGAUUUGCAAAACGUAUUUUAUGUUGUUAAUCGGAUAUUAUAUAAAUAUCGUAUAAUCAAGCGCCCAAAUAGAUACAAACGGACAUUUUCUAAUUAUCUAUCAAAUAAAAUCAAUAAAGUCCAGACAAAAGAAAAAGACAUAAAAUCUAAUAACAUGUUAUUACACAUUUCUGAAUUAUCAAAAGAUGAAAAGGCAGUAGCUGCAUAUAAAAAUAUAAAAGUUGAUUUGACAGUUUUCAAAUCAACAAAUACAAAAAAGUCAGAAAGUGAAGUAUAUGGAUUUAUGGAAGAUGUACAAAAUAGUGAAAAGAAAAGUGUGGCAAAUAUUACAUAUAGAUUAUUGAGAAGAGCUAAUAUGAUUAUAGAAGCAGUUAAAGAACAUCAAGUUGUUGAUGAUAUGACAAAGUUAAUGAAGAUGAUACAUGAAGAAGAAGACAAAGAAGGAUAUGAUGUAAAAAUCGAUAAAAAAUCCUUAAUAAGACUGUUACAAAAACUUGCAAAAGAUAAUUUAGUGAAAAACAUAAAAAUAACAUUGAGUGGAAAUGGCAAAGAGAAACAUUUGACAUUUAUAUGUGAUCCAAACAUAGAUAUUAACAGUCAUCUUAUUCAAUCAGCUGUGGAACAAGCAAAAUUGAAAUUCUAUUUGUUGGGCUUUCCAAAGUUUAAAUCAUCAACGAAAAAAUGUACAGAAAAUUUAGAAUCUGACAAGUAUAAUAAUGGUGGUGCUACAAAUAAAUCUGAUGACAAUAAAUCUUUUUUUAAGCAACCUACAGCAGUUCCAGUAGGUUUUAAAUGUGGUCCUAGAAUAUCGAGGAAAUAUGGAUAUAGUCCGAAGUUUCUUCGUUUGCAAGCACUACAUAUCUUUUUGUUUUAUUUGGUUUAUGAACAUCCUGGUGAACAAACCCUUUCAAAAACGGAACAGUUGAAAGCUUUGCGAGAUAAUGGUUUUAGUAUUACAGAGGAAUUAGCAGAAGAAUUCAGUACAGUUUACACUAAAAAUGUUAGUUGGAAAAUGUUUGUGCCACCUUUGCGAGAAUAUAGUGGUUGGCCCCUAGGAUGGACGUUAAUGUGUGAUGUUAUUUUACGACUACCCUUGUCGAUAUUUUUAAAAAUUCAUUAUAUUUCAUUUGAAAUACCAGAAAUAGAUAAAUAUGUGAGUCAUCCAAUUAGAAAGCAUUAUUUAGUUAAAGAUUUGCCAGUUGAUAUUCGGAAUUCUUUGCUUUAUGCACGGAAGUACAUAUUUAACAUUCAUGAAACUGUAACGAGAUUAUGUUAUAUUGGGCUAGUGCAAUUUGGACCUCAAAGAUUGAAAGAAAAGGACCAAGUAUUUAUUUACGUGAAUCGUCGUACUGAAUUAAUGGAUACGACAUCUUCUGCUCCUAGUUAUCACAUCAUUGAAGAUAAACCUUAUCCCGUAAUCAAGUAUAACUUUGACGGAAUUCAGGUAGUCGAGAAAUACUGGUAUGAUAUGUGGAAUACUUGUAUUAAUACUCCAUUAGGUGGUCGACUUGUUGUUCAAGGAAAGGAUAUAGUGUUAGAAGACUUAAAUAAGAAAAGUGAUAUGAUUAAAGCAAUUGUAACUCGCUCUCCAGAUGAAGCUAUAAAAUUAGAUACUGGUAAAGUACCUGGAGAUCACAAAGGCGCUGCUGGAAUAGAUUCAGCCUGUUUCGCACAUCUUAAAAGAAAUUGGAAUUGGGGUUAUAGUAAUGUGGUGGUUCGAGAACCAAAGAAGAAACAGAAUGUAGUUUAUGAAAGAGACACGUAUCUUUCUAAAAUAAAAGCAAAACCUAUUAAAUUUACCGACUUCUCCGGUUUGAAAACGGUAUCUGGUCCUCCUUCUGUUAAUGCGACAGAACUCAGAAAGAAGGUACAAAUUGAAAGCGAUAAGAUUUCAGAUCAGCCAAAUAAGUAUGAAGCGUUACCAUAUCAGCGAAAUACGAAACAAAAAUCCUACAUCAGGAGAGUACUACCUCGUAAAAGUCUUAAUAAAAAGCGAACAAAGUAUGAUGAAGUUGAUUAUCGAGCGUUGCAACGGAUGCACAAACUACGAGUGGACUGGGAGCCGCAUGAGGAUAAGAUUCUGCUCGUUUGCAAAGUAGCUAUGGUGUACCUCUGUCCAAAUCCACGCAAACAAGUAAUAACAUUUUCUGCAGUGAGAGAUGUAUUGUGGAUGUAUUCGUACAGUUCGUAUAAUAAAACAUCAAGAGCUUGUCAACGGCGACUUUUAUACAUGCUUAGACAACUACGAAACAUUAAUGCCGUUACUUUAGGGGUUGAAGAACUCAAGCAGAACUUCUUUCUUAAAAAACGCUUUGAUGGCAUCGUGGAGAAACUCAAAGAAGAGUAUAAAAGUUCUCAUGAAUACGAAAAAAAAGUUACAGAGGCGUUUAAAUCACUUGUUACCUAUAUCGCGAAAAAGUACUAUGACAUUUCAGAUGUUGGGUCUAAAGAACCACUUCCUGUGCCAAUGACGGUGCAAGAGUUCAAUUUAUUUUACAAAGUUGUACAUCCUACAAAACCAUUCUCUAAUCGUGGUUUCACGAAAGAUGUUCGAAAUAUCAGCGAUAUACAGUCUGCAGUUAUAAAUUCUGUUAUUCAUAGUUCAAUGUGUUGUGGCAAAGACAGAAGAUCUUGGUCAUAUCAACUGUUUAAAGUAUAUCAGCAGUAUCCAGAGACGCUUUUAAGAAAUGCUAUGGCGAAAAUUCGUAACGAUCAAAUGGUUACAAUUAAAAAGAAUCAAUUAACUACUAUAAGGAAAUACGGUAACUACAUGCCGAUGAGCAGUUCUCAGUAUCAAUUAAGUAGCAAUUACAUAUAUAAAUUUCAUACUAAAUGGCCGUAUGAUAUAUUCAAAGAAUCGUAUGAUGUUUUCUUUAAAUUGAGCAAGUGGUAUUGUCACAAUCAUACAAAUGAUCUAAGUAAAGCAUCAAAUAUUUUUAAUGGUAUUGAAGUGUUACCAGUUACUGGUGGUGUAGUGGGAGCGAUACACGAUUAUAUUAUACGAGAUCAAAUAGAUUUCGACAUCGAAAUACCUGAUCAAGUUAUAAUGCUUGAUCCCAGAUUAAAAGAAAAAGACGAAACGUACUUUAGAAUAGCUAAAAGGUAUCACGAUGUUUUAGCUAGUUUAGAUAAUUUGAAGUUUAUAAAGGAAUCAUGUUUGCAAAAUAGUGACUCAAUGACCGAUCUAGAACAAUGUAACGAUAAAUGCUUUGAUUCCAAACUUGACGGUAAUAAUAUACAUAAUAUUAAUGAAAAAUCAGAUAAAGAUGGCUUUUCAGAUUUGGAUAUGGAAAAGAACACACUUUUGCAAGAAUAUGAAACUGGAAAAAGACAUCUUGAAGGUCCGAAACAUUUUACUGACUACGACGAAUUAAAUUUCGAUAGUGAUGAAGAAAAUUGUCGUAAUGUUGAUGAUGAACAAAAUAUAAUUAAAUUUCAAGAUGGAACUAAAAUUACAUUGAACGAAGAUGAUGUUGAGCGUUUAACAUUUUGUGAUGACGAUUUAAUGAGAGAAAUGGGAAGAAAUGAAGUAUGUAUCGAAGAUAGUAAUCCUAUAACACAUAACAAAGUGCAAUUUGAGGAUGCAAUUCAAGUGCAAUUUGAAGGUGCAUCAUCAUCAGAUUGUACAAAAGAUGAAAAUAAGGACGACAUGUUAAAUGUAGAAAGUUCACUUUUAUCUCAUUCACGUUUAGAUUCAAAUGUGAAUACACGAGAAAAGUUAAUUGCGUCUGGAAACAAGAGACCAAGAGAUAAAAGUGAACAACUAUUUGAUACAAAUGAACCUGUUCAGAAAAAGAAGAAAUUGGAUAAUCAAAUUAUAAAUGCAGAGAAGAAUGAAAGAAGAAACGAAGAAACGUUGCAAAUUAGUAAUAUCAGUUUGAUUGAAGCAUCAAAUGAAGAACAAAAUCAAGAUUUAAAGAAAAAUUCUGACAAUGAAACAAUUGAAGUUGAUGUAAAAACUAUUAAUCCAAAAAAUACUUCGAACAAAGAAUGUUUAAAAAAGAACAAAGAACAUGCCUUCACACGUGUUAGUGAUAUUUUAAAACAAAUUCUACCAGAACAGAGUUAUUCAAAUUCAUACUGCAAGAUUGAUGAUUCGGCUGAUAUACAUAAACGAUAUACUCGUAUAGCUUUAUUGCGGAUGAGAGAAGAACUAAGUGAACUCACCAUAGCAGAUAGUCAUCAUGCACAUGAAUAUUUUGUUGUAAAUAUGUUUAAAAUGUUUUAUUACUUACACCGGUCAAAUUCACAGAACACUGAAGCCAAUGAAAUUUUUAGAGGCUUUUCAAUGCCCUUGGAUUUGUUACCUUUAAAAUUAAACGUCGCAAAUGAUUUAAUACAAAAACUAAAUAAAUUUGCUGUUUUCCCUAAAGAUGGUAUAUCAUUUUUGGAUUUAAAAAAAAAUUUACCUAAUGAUUGUUUACUGCACUUGAAUAAUAUAGAGGCAGUUUAUAAAUUUGUACGUGAUAUUAAAUAUUUAAAAAUUAUAAUUUAUUCUUUGUAGGAUGAAUUUGAAUGUACCUUAGGAGAAGAUUUACACCGUAUUACUUCACUUCUCACCGAAAAUCGUUUAUUCUUACGGUCAGGUGUAACGAUUAUUCGGUAUAUACAUUAUCGUCACGUUGAUUCUUGGUUAAUACAUUCAUAUAAAAUAAGUCGCAUUGAAAGAGAGUCGCUUGUACCAAUGCCUAAAGGAGGAGCUCUCUACGUGGUAGAUCAUAAGGACAGAUUAAACGAGGAUAAAAAUUUAAACACGACAAAAGGGUGCGUUGAAUGUCCUAGUUUAUUAGAAAAUGAUUCAUCAAAAAUGUGCGACGAGAAUGUGACUGAAGAAGAUACUCAGUCAGAAGUGAAAGAUGUUAAAAACAAAGAUUUUGAUAAAGAUACAUCCAGCCAUAGCGAUGAAGAAUGUUACGUGCAAGUAAAGAAAAGGACGCAAAGAAAAAGGACCAGAUUGUUACCUCAAAAAGAUAUAUCUAAAGCCGCGAAACAAUUAGAUUUAAAUACGAAACAAGAAAUAAGAGUAGCGAUAAAACCGUGGAUUCGGAUAGAUGGAGUUUUGAAUCGUAGAGUGCUUGAUCGCAUGUUAGGAUCAAUAUUAUCAUAUUGCUUAACACAUCCGGGUAUAGCGUUAACCAAGAUACAGAAUAGAUUUGUUCCUGCUCUUCAACCAUGUCAUACACGAGAAUUAGUCGAGAUACUGGCAAAGUUGGGAUGCCUGGAAAGAAUAAUAUUGAAAAAAUCACGUGUAACGUUGUUUUCGAAGUCAUCACAAGUGACACCAAAAAUUGCAAAUAAUAAUUGGGCUGCUGAAGAGGAUAUUUUCCUUGAAGCUACAAAUGGAGCAAUCUAUUAUUUUUAA